AUGAGGCGCGAGGGCCCUGCACUGUCGUUUAGACAGGGCGCUGCUGGUGACAUGGCAGGAGCUAUCUUCAUGUGCAACAUAUCCACAAGGGAACAAAGCUUUCAAGCAAAAGUUUUCAGCCUGCCGUUGGAGUAUCAAUCCUUUGUUACCAAUGUCAGGAAAGGGAUGCCUUUGUUUCUCUUUGACUACACUCUGCGCAAGCUUUACGGCGUCUUUGAGGCUGCCUCUGACGGAGGGCUCAAUAUUUGUGAUGCUCCAAUUUCGUCAGUUCAACGCUCAUAUCCUGCGCAGGUUCGCAUCAAUAUUAUUUGGAAGUGCAGACCACUGAGUGAAGAUGAGUUUUUCCCUGCCAUAGAAGACAACUACUAUCAUCCAAGGAAGUUCUACUUUGACCUGUCCUACGAGCAGGUUGUUCGCCUAUACGAGUUGUUCGAUGACAGGAGGGUAGAGCGCCCUAUUCAUGACUAUACAAAAAAUGAGAGUUUGGAAAUAAACCACUCCGGCAAAGGGGUACUGGACAAAGAAAGCUUGACUCCAGAUGUUCCUGAUUGCAAUGAUCAAUCACGCCUUUCAGUUCCCAACAUUUCAGAAGUUGCAAGAAGAUACUCUACUCCUACAUGCAUGCUAACAGAUUCACCACUUAGUGUUGAGGCAUACCCAAACAUGUUGAUGCCCUUGAGAACAGAAACUUUUGGACCCCAAAUUGCUCCCAACCUGAGCCGUCAUGACCAAGUAGGCGUCCAUUCUCAGUGUAAGCUUUUCCCAACUGCUCCAAUGACUGAUGCUGUUUCAACUCAUGUAUCUGCCCCUUGCUCUCAAACUUCUAGGCACUACCAGUUGGUUGCAAAGCAGUCAUACCUGUGGCCACAAGACUAUCCACAUAAUACCUUGCCUUCUGGAUGUACUGCUCAGGAGCCAAGAAAAGCUAAAUUUGUUGCAAAUCAGUCAUAUCCAUUGUCUCAUGGCUAUUUGCACAAUGGCUCGUUAACUUCUGGAUAUGCAAAUCAUAAUCCAACUUACAAAGGCAGUAAUCAUUUGAAUUCAACUUUUACCCUGCAUGAUCGUUUAUAUCCUCAAUCGUCGCUGUCAAAUCCACAAAGUAACUCUGACUAUCAAGUUCCUUGUGACAUCUGCUUCAACCAAGACCGCUCUGGUGCGCAUAACAACAUAUAUGCAUGUGAGCCUCAGUGUUUCAGUGGAGAAGCUUUGCCACAGGCAAAACUAAGCAAACUAGGUAUUCCCACAUAUCCUGAAGCUGAACGUGAUGGGAAAGCAGUGCCAGCAAUUUAUCAACAGAAAACGACUUGUACUGAUUACAUUCAGAUCCUUGAUUGUGAUCAAGACUUCAAAAAUGAUCGGAUGAAGAAACAUGGUACCUGUAGCAAUACUUCGGAUUCAUCAGAUCUUGAAAAUGAGCUGAACCUGCCAAGUCAACUAGAGCUGGAAGAAGAAGAAAGCAUAGAGCCACUACUUCCCAACUUGAACUUCAAGAGACGCAGUAAAGCAGGGAGGUGGAUGCAAAUUUGGGAAAAGAAAGGGGAAAGUCAAGAAGAAAGCUUUAGCCCUUCCUUGAAGAAAACAAAGUUUCUACAAAUGUCGAGGAAGAGUUGA